AUGUUUUCUCCCAAAGAAACGCCCGUCUCCUCCGCUGCGUAUGCACCCCUUGCGCUACACGACGAUGGCGAGCGCUCCAACUCAACUCUCUCUCUGGAGAAGGGCUCAUCCUCCGCAGACGAAAAGGAGCACUCUGGUUUAUUGACGGAGGCCUCUGACGACGAUUUCUCUGCCCUUGCAUCAUCCAAACCCUCCCAGCUAGCUCUGCCCAAGCUUAUCCUCUACUUCUCCGUUGCUGUAGCGUUGCUAUCCGUCGUGAACAUUGCUCUACUUCCCAGUACGCUUGCAAAGCACUAUGCCUACCCCUACUCGGAAUCAGAAGUUCAAGCUCUCCCUCAUGGCGACUUUAGGCUGGGAUUGGACAGGGCAGCAAAACUUGUCCCUCGUCCCUUGGCUUACCACCGUGCUUGGCCGGACAAAAUUGCACGCGUGAGCCGGAAGUUGAAGAAUUCCGUCUAUGGCAAUGGAGUCCAGGUCUAUAUUACUGUCGAGGACUCGACAAUCCUGCGCUUUCCCAUCCCCAAAGAAGGCGCCAAGACGUGUGCCAUUUCCUGGACACCGCCUCCUGAGCUCUCUGCACGUGCCAAGGACCUUACAACAAAGGGAGAUAUCACGGAGAUUGAAGUCUGGAAUCUGAUCGCGCCAUCGGUCAAGGCCACCAAGGACACCGAGGCCACUGUGGACAAGGUCGACUACGAUACCUUGUCGUAUUCGACCAUUCCCGUGCGUGGUGAGCUGCUCGGCACGCUCAAUCUGACAGUCAAGCCCAACAGCACAACUGUGGAGUUUGCUUGUCCAAGCGACACAAAUAGUCUCGUGGUGGAGAUGACGUGCCAGCGCGUGGCAUGCCAUAACACGCUGUUUGUGAUGCGCCUCAAUUAA